AGAGCGAAUUAGUUGUGUUCUGUCCAAUGACAAAGUGUCUUGUGGCUGCGAGCUUUUCCCGGAGACAGAUCCAGUAUAUCUUACUCAUUAUUGGAGUUCCAGUAUUUCAAGACGAAGGACAGAAGGAGUGAGGGACCCAGUGGGCUGGUUGGUGUGAGGGGAGAGCAGCAGCCAUGGGUGAAAUUGAGGGUUCCUACAGGGCCAUACAGACCCCUGGCACCCGGCUGGGGGCCCAGUUCAAUGCUGGGAUCAGUACCUUGGAGCCGGGCCAGAGCCUCAGUGAUGCCUUGGGCCCCGGGGGUAGGAGCCCAGGCAGAGGACUACAGCUCAGGGUCCAGGGCCUGGACGACUCCCAGGAGUUUUACAACUUGGAGUCCAGAGCUGACGGACAGACUCUUCUCUCUGAUGUGUUCCGGAGGAGCAACCUCAUGGAGAGCGAUUACUUUGGCCUGGAGUUCCAGAACAUGCAGAUGAGCUGGGUUUGGUUGGAACCCACGAAGCUCGUAGUGAAACAAGUGAAGAGACCCAUGAACACCCUCUUCAGGCUGUCAGUGAAGUUCUUUCCCCCUGAUCCUGGUCAGCUGCAGGAGGAGUACACUAGGUACCUGUUCUCCCUGCAGAUGAAGCGAGACCUGCUAGAGGGCAAGUUGAGCUGUACAGAAAACACAGCUUCCCUGCUGGCCUCACACCUCCUUCAAUCGGAGAUAGGGGACUAUGACGACGUGGCGGACAGGGACUUCCUGAAGCUGAACAAGCUGCUGCCCAAUCAGGAGAGGAUACAGGAGAGGAUCAUGGAACUGCACCACAGACACCUCGGGCAGACUCCAGCCGACUCAGACUUUCAGGUUCUGGAGAUCGCCCGUAAACUGGAGAUGUACGGCGUCCGCUUCCACCCAGCAGCCGAUCGCGAGGGAACGAAGAUCAAUCUGGCCGUGGCUCACAUAGGCCUGCAGGUCUUCCAGGGUAACACCAAAAUAAAUACUUUCAAUUGGUCCAAGAUCCGAAAACUGAGCUUCAAGAGGAAACGCUUCCUGAUCAAGUUAUACCCAGAGGUUCAUGGGCCACAUCAGGAUACCCUAGAAUUCCAGAUGGUCAGUCGGGACCAGUGUAAGAUCUUCUGGAAGAACUGUGUGGAACAUCACUCUUUCUUCCGCCUCUUGGAUCAGCCGCAGCCCAAGUCCAAAGCCAUUCUCUUUAGUAGGGGAUCGUCGUUCAGAUACAGUGGGAGGACCCAGAAGCAACUAGUGGAAUAUGUCAAGGACAGCGGAGCAAGGAGGACACCAUAUCAGAGGAGGAACAGUAAGGUGAGGAUGUCAACUCGCUCCCUGGCCCCCGAUGUGCCUAAACAGACGUUGUCGUUCAAUGACAGCCUGCGGGCGCCAGGUUCCCCGUCCUCUGCGACCGGGUCCUUCCACUCCAUACAUGUCUCCAGCUCCCCCCUACGUCCGGAGCCCCAGACCCAGUCUCCACAGCCUCCUCCCCAGAGCCAGGCCCAGUCUUCACAGCCUCCUCCCCAGAGACAGGCCCAGUCUCCACAGCUUCCUCCCCAGCAGCAACAGACCCAGCUCCUGCCCCCACAGCUGGCCAGGCCCUCCAGCCCCCCAGCGAAGGAGGACCCCCACAAGGCCACCGGCAUCCCCCCAUGUCACCACGCCUUCUCACAAGGUGCCCCAAGUUACCCGGCGGCAGGAGACUGCAACCCCUCGUCUGUGUGUGUAGAGAGUAGAGCUUCCCAUCCGCAGCAGCAACCCUCCCAAAAUGGCAAUGAGGAUAGUGAGAAGGGUGGGGGAUGGGGGUCGAUGUGCAGGGGGGGAGGAGGAGGAGGAGGAGGGGAGGAGAAGAGAGUGUUCCUCUCAGCUGAUGUGUUUGAGGCGGAGCUUCUCCGAGCCAGGCAGAAGCCCCUGUUCCCAUUGGCUAACACCCAGCUCCAUGUCACAGAGGAGUUCAUAGAUGACGACCCCUCUGAGAUGUCGUUCUACGGCGGCGGGGCCGAGGCCUAUUACGGCUAUGAGGAGAAGUGGGGGUCCUCUAUGGACAGCCCCCAGCUCUCCCCGUUCAGCUCCAAGAGCUCUCCCCUCUGCCUGUCCCCCUCCUUCCAGAUGUCUACGCUGAGUCUCCCGGGGGCGGGCCAGGCCCCUUCGCCCCUACAGAGCCCCAUCCUGAGUGAGGUGGGCACCAACAGGCUAGAGGAGGAGGAGGAGGAGGGCAGGAGGAAGCGAUAUCCCACCGACAAGGCCUACUUCAUUGCCAAAGAGAUUCUAACCACAGAGAGGACCUACCUGAAAGACCUAGAGGUCAUCACAGUGUGGUUCCGCAGUGCUGUGAUCAAAGAGAACGCCAUGCCAGAGGGUCUGAUGGCCCUGCUGUUCUCCAACAUCGACCCCAUUUACGAGUUCCACCGGGGAUUCCUCAAGGAGAUCGACCAGAGACUAGCUUUAUGGGAGGGACGCUCUAACGCUCAUGUGAAGGGAGACUACCAGAGGAUUGGCGACGUCAUGCUGAGGAACAUGUGUGCUCUCAAGGAGUUCACCAGCUACCUGCAGAAACAUGACGAGGUGCUGACCGAGCUGGAGAAGGCCACCAAGCGUCUGAAGAAGCUGGAGACGGUCUAUAAGGAGUUUGAGCUUCAGAAGGUGUGUUACCUGCCUCUCAACACGUUCCUGCUGAAGCCCAUCCAACGCCUCAUGCACUACAAACUGAUCCUAGAGAGACUGUGUAAACACUACAGCCCAGACCACCCCGACCACAACAACUGCAGAGAGGCCCUGAAGGAGGUGGCAGAGAUGGCCACUCAGCUCCAGAGUAGUUUGAUCCGCCUGGAGAACUUCCAGAAGCUGUCUGAGCUCCAGAGAGACCUGAUCGGCAUCGAGAACCUCACUGCGCCCGGCAGGGAGUUCAUUCGAGAGGGUUGUCUGUACAAGCUGACCAAAAAAGGGCUGCAGCAAAGGAUGUUUUUCCUGUUCUCUGACCAGCUCCUGUACACAAGUAAAGGUGUGACGGCCACCAACCAGUUCAAGGUCCAUGGCCAGCUGCCUCUGCACGGCAUGAUCGUGGAAGAGAGUGAGAAUGAGUGGUCUGUCCCUCACUGCUUCACCAUCUACUCUGCCCAGAGGACCAUUGUGGUGGCAGCCAGCUCGAAGGUGGAGAUGGGAAAAUGGAUAGAGGAUCUCAACAUGGCAAUAGAGAUGGCCAAGAAAUCUCAGGAGAAAUCAGACCUGUUCCUGGACCCAGGGCUCUGUGAUCGCUCCAACAGGUCGUCGGAUGAGGUUUCUCUGGAGCAGGAGUCAGAGGAUGACAUGUCGUCGUCCCGUAACUCUCUGGAUAAGCAGACCCAUCACCGUGCCAACAGCACCAUGCAUGUCUGCUGGCAUCGUAACACCAGCGUGUCCAUGUCAGAUCACAGCCUGGCUGUGGAGAACCAGCUCUCAGGUUACCUCCUACGGAAAUUCAAGAAUAGCAAUGGCUGGCAGAAGCUCUGGGUGGUCUUCACCAACUUCUGUCUGUUCUUUUACAAGACUCACCAGGAUGAUUUCCCGCUGGCAAGCCUCCCGUUGCUAGGGUACACUGUGAGCAGCCCGGGAGAGUCAGACAGCAUCCACAAGGAAUACGUCUUCAAACUGCAGUUCAAGUCCCACGUUUAUUUCUUCCGGGCGGAGAGCGAGUAUACAUUCGAGAGAUGGAUGGAGGUGAUUAAGAGUGCAGCCAGUGCUACAGGCAGGAUGAGUCUCCUCAUACCUAAAGGUCCCCUGCAGAUGAAUGGGAACUAACUGCGCUCCUUGAUCUGAUCUACUGCGGCUUAGAAGCUUCUAUCUAACCUGCGUCCCAGAUGGAACCCUAUUCCCUAUAUAAUGCACUACUUUUGACCAGAGCCCUCGUCCCAAAUGGCACCCUAGGGUCAGUCCUAGAGAGAAAAGGGCUGGGCCCAAUAGACUCUGAGACAAUACUGUAUAAUACCAUCUCUCUCUCUCCUCUCUCCUCUCUCCUCUCUCCUCUCUCUCUCGUUCUCAUUGGAAUCAUGUUAAAGUGGCACUCAUGUCUUGGAUUUAUUUGGCAGAAAAGGGCUCAGUGAGUGACUGGAAGUUAUUAUAUAUAUAUAUUUUUUAGAUAUAUAUAUUCAUUCUCUCCUUCUAGAAUUGUCAACCAUUGUUAUGUGAGAAUCUGUUGAAACAAUGUAUCAGCAGGGAACAGAAUAACAUUAUGAAUCCAGUAAUUGGAUACGUGGUUCAAGAGAGAAGGAUAUACAGUGCUAUCACGAUAAACAAGGAUGCUCGAGGACAUUCUGUCAAGGUUGAGUGUAUACACUCAGCAGGCUGAGAAAGGGAACUAAAGCGGGACUCAUAACCUUCUCACGGCAGCCAGUGUAAAACAACUACAUCACAAAACAUAGGCUUGGUUUCCCACACUCGGAUUAAGUCUAGUCCUGGCCUAAAAAAGCAUUUUAGAUGGACAAUCUCCUUUUGAAAGUGCUUUUUACUCCAGGACUAGACUUAAUCUGUGUCCAGGACUAGACUUAAUCUUUAUCUGGAAAACCGUUUUAUAGUGAUUAAUCUAUCAGGUUAUGUUCUAGAGAAGUUUAUACAGCGUUAGUCUAAAGACUGUUGUUUCCUUUUAGCCAGUGAAAGCAUUCUGCGGACGGUCGUUGUCGAGUGUGUAUCGUGUCUUGUCUACACGAAGAUACAGGUGUAGAAAUGGAACUGGUAGGUGGAGGAGGGCAGUGAUGAUAUACGGAGGUGCAGAGCUUGCAGGAUUGAUUUGACUAGGGACUGGGAAGGGUAACUAGCUGGAGAACAACCCCAGAUACUUUCUUUAUACCAGGUUUAAAAUAGUUGUAGUGGAGGUAAUUCUGGUCCAGGGUGUUAUUUCUUCCACUAAGGAAUUAGUGGAGGAAUUAAUGCCCUGGACCAGAGCUCUGGUACAGCAAGAGAGGUAGGGAGAGGUACCCAGUGAAUGACCUUUUUUUUUAUUAUUUUUUUAUUCAUUGAUAAAAGGCAGAUAAUAUUGUAUGUUGAAAUGAGUUAGGAACACAAGCAGUCAAUCUCCUUUUAGGAUACUUCUGUAAAGGACUUGGAGGUAUUAUUCUGUUGUUUGAGAAUUUCGUAGUUCUCAUUUGUUCUGUUGUCACACUAAGGUAUUCAUGGCAAUGGAGUUUAAUCAAAAAAUGGAGCAAAACGCACAUUGUGUAAGGUACGUUUUCCAUUGAAGUGUUUCAAGGGGUCAUAUAUUCCUGUUAAUAAAUGUAAAAGUACUUUGUUGGCCCCAAGAGAGAAAAAACCUUGUUAAUGAAGUUUUCCUAUACUAUCAAUAUGUAGUCCUAUUUUAUUUUCAUACAUUGACAAUAGUCCAACCUAAUUCUGGCUCUCAUAACCUCAAAUGUUAAAGUUAAACAUACUUAAAGCAUUUAAUUGUUGUGUUAUUGACUUAUUAUUAGUCAGUGUUGGCCAGUUCUACUGUUGUUGUCUGAUUUCCUAGUUUUAAGGAGAAGAAGGAAGUCGGGAAGGAAGGUGCUACAUUUGAUGAAUGUUUUGUUUGGCUUGCUGGGCUUGUAUAGUUACUAUCAUGUGUUCUGGAUUAUAGUUAUUUUAGCGUUUUUGUUGUUCAUUUAACAUAGGGAGGACGAUGACCUCAUAAAAUAAUAUGCAGUGUAUAUCCUAAUAUCUAGUCUUUAAAGUUACAGAUUCCAUUCUAAUAUGUCGUUAAGGCUGAAGAGCUUGGAUGCGUCCCAAAUGGGAUCCUAUUCCCUAUGGGCCAUGUUCAAAAAGUAGUGCACUAUAAAGAGAAUAAAGAUACCAUUUGGGAGCAUGUUAGAAGAUGAUCUGUAGUGGUAUAACUGUUAGGUGAUGCUGUAUGUAGCGGGUCAUGUGAGUAUUGUGUUUAAUAGGUGACUACAGGAGAUCAGGACCUGUAUAUUCGUUGUCUUGGGAGUAGAGCUGAUUUAGGAUGAGGUUUUUUUAAUCGUACGCAUAAGAGGGGAGAAUUUAUCCUAGAUUAGCACUCCUACUUUGAGACGCUAGAUGCAUACGGGCCCCUGAUCUUGGCCGUUCGUCAGAAAGUCCCGUCCCCCCUCCCUUUCCCCCGUUACUGUCUACAGACCGUGGUCUCAUGAUAUUGUCUUUCUGUCUCCAGAGUGAUGGGGGCCAGUGAGAUGUAGUCCUGUCAUCUUCCUUUUGCCCUUGUUGGACUGGAAAGAAUCGCAAUGUUUAGGGCGCACCUAUAUCUCACCCCUAUGUGUGUCCCAAAUGGCGCUCUAUUCCCUAUAUAGUGCACAACUUUUGACCAGGACCCAUGGGGAAUAGGGUGCCAUUUUGAGAUGCAUCUAUGAUUUUUAAGGGGGGGGGGCACCUCUCUUAACUCCUAUCCCAGUUCAUCUCUCUGUGUUCAGGUGUGCUAACCAACCAAGGCCCCACUGGCCCCCCUGCUGUUCAAGUCUCCAGUCAGAUGUUCUUCCUAUUUAUUGUGUAGCAGCAUGUCAUUGGAGCCCUUCUUGUUCCUGUAUGUCAUGCUUCUUUCUCCUGUUAUUAUUGCAUUGAAAGGAUAACAAAUAAAGUUGAACAGAUGUUAAA